GUUUUAGAUGCAAUUUAUAUUGCGCAAGCUUGCUUAUGAUCUCAACCCAAAUAAUCUGCGAUACUUAUUCUAUAUGGUAACACCCAAUGAGACGACUUACGAGAGUAUGGAGAAAGUGCCCAAUUUUCUCGAAUCGACUACAACAUGGAUGUUUUUCCUCACUGUUAUGGAAUAUCUGCUUCUGGACGAGAGAAAAUAUGCAUUCAAUGAUACCGUCACCUCCAUCAACGCCGGAAUCUUCUCUCUACUUAUGAAAGUAGGAGGACGAUUUCUCUCAGCUGCAUUCUACGAGCCGCUCUACGAGCGAAUUCACAUCAUUGACCUUCCAAAGGAUUCACCUUACACAUGGAUUCUGUGCUUUUUCACUCAGGAUCUGGUAUAUUAUCUGGGACAUAGGGCUGUUCAUGAGGCUGGCGUGUUUUGGUCAUUUCAUCAGAUGCAUCAUUCUUCAGAAUAUUACAAUCUUAGUACAGCUUUGAGGCAAGGCGUGUUCCAGGACAUUGCCACGAUGGGUUUUGACUUGCUACAAGCUACUGUCAUUCCACCAAACAUCUUCCUUGUUCAUCGCCAUCUUAAUCUUAUCUACCAGUUUUGGAUACAUGCAAAUGCGGUUCCAUAUUUGGGGCCACUGGAAUACUUCUUCAAUACACCUUCCAGUCAUCGCGUUCAUCAUGGCAGAAAUCCUUAUUGUAUCGAUAGGAAUUACGGUGGCACAUUGAUUAUCUGGGAUAGAUUAUUUGGCACUUAUGAGCCAGAACGUAAAGGAGAAGAGAUAGCUUACGGUCUGGUCACACCUGUCGCAUCAUUCGAUCAGCUAUGGUGCCAGUUUUUCGAAUUUAAAGCACUCGGAUAUGACAAGGGACAAAUGAAAGACGAAAGCGGAAGAGAAAUCUUUCCGGGAUUCUGGAACAAGAUAAAAGCCGCCCUCUGGCCUCCGGGCUAUUUUCCGGGUGUCAAAACGAAAUACUUUUUUUCGUGGCUCUGUAUGGCUGACAAUACCGAAGGAAUACCAAAAGUCGAAAAUCCUGUCAUUCCUUAUAAUCCACCACUGAGUGCUCCACUUCGUUACUAUUUACUAGUUCAAUGGUUGUUUUUGAUCGGAUACUCACUACAAUUUGACGCUUAUCGACAAUUUAUUUCAUGGCCAUUGUUUAUCACCCAUCUAAUAAUUCUAGUGUUGUUUUUGCAAAUAUUUGGUUAUUAUUUUGACCAAAGACCGUUCUCCGUUAUUUUCGACAGCUGCAGAUUGGCUUUCUUCAUAGUGCUUGGCCUCGUCUUAUGGGAAGUAAACGCAGUGAUCUAUGGAGUCGUUUCGCUGGCUAUUCUAUCAUUGCUUAAUUCUACAGGGAAUAUUGUAGCAAUCAAGAAACAUACAUAA